AUGGAUAUGUCAAAAAAUAACAGCUCUGCCACCAUCAAUAAUAUGGUAAAGUGGAAUCCAAAUUUAAAACCAGAACAAUUAAAAGUACUAAAAGAUGGAGCUACAGAACCACCAAACUCUGGUAAGUAUUUAAAUAAUACAAAACCAGGUACUUAUUAUUGUGCAAAUUGUGAAGCUCCUUUGUAUUCAAGUAAUGCUAAAUUUAAUGCUGGAUGUGGUUGGCCUUCAUUUUAUGAAGAAAUCCAAUCUGGUUCAGUAAUGCUAGUCCAAGAUGAAUCCCUAGGUAUGGAAAGAACUGAAGCUCUUUGUGGCGGAUGUGGUGGCCACCUAGGUCACGUCUUUGCAGAAGAAGGCUGGACAAAACGAUUGGGAAUUCCAAAGGAUGUUAGACACUGUAUUAAUAGUUUAUCUUUGAAUUUCCAUGAAUCAACUCCUUCUUCCAAAGAAUGA